AUGGCUGCCGUGGAGGCGGCAGUGCCUACGGUGCUGCCCAACUCAGAGGGAGAGCGCACUACGCCUAGUGUGGUAGCUUAUUCCAAGGAUGGGGAGAUUUUGGUGGGCACCACCGCCAAACGUCAGGCCGCAUUGAAUCCUUUGAACACCUUCGGUUCUGUGAAGCGAUGGUUUGGUCGCACCUUUGCCGAGGUGGAGUCUGAUGCGCGGUCGGUUCCCUAUCACCUGGUUGACAAAGAUGGGAAGGCGCGCUUGGACUGCCCCAAUCUGCAGCGGCAGCUGGCGCCCGAGGAGGUUUCGGCUCAGGUGCUGAGGAAGUUGCAAAGAGACGCUUCCGUGUUCCUGAACGCCGACGUGAAAAAGGCGGUGAUCACUGUUCCCGCGUACUUUGACGAUGCCCAGCGGCAAGCCACUAAGGCUGCAGGUACGUUGGCUGGACUCGAGGUCAUGCGAGUGUGCAACGAACCCACAAUGGCAGCCCUAGCGUAUGGUUUGGAUCAGAAGAAUUCGUCCAAUUUGUUGGUCUUCGAUUUGGGUGGCGGCACCUUCGACGUGUCGGUCAUGGAAGCGGGCGACGGCGUCUGCGAGGUUUUAGCCACCAAUGGUGAUACACAGCUGGGUGGCGAUGACUUUGAUCGAAGGAUUUUGGACUUCCUGCUGCAGCGCUUUCGAGAAGCCAACGACAAGAUGGAUCUCCGAGAGGACAAGCAGGCCAUGCAGCGUCUUCUGGAAGCGAGUGAAAAAGCCAAGGUGGAGCUCAGUUCGCUGAAUGAGGUUCGCAUCUCUGUACCCUUCAUCACUGCAGAUGAAGAUGGGCCGAAACACGUGGAGGAGGUCUUGACCCGCGAGCACUUUGAGGAGCUUUCAGAGGAUUUGGUUCAGCGCUUAGCUGACCCAGUGCUGAAGGCCCUAAAGGACUCGCGAGUGAGGCCCAGGAACCUGCACGAGGUGAUCUUGGUUGGGGGCUCAACACGCAUCCCUGCUGUGCAAAACCUCGCCAGGGAGCUGACCGCUUUCAAACCCAUCAACAUGUCCAUCAGCGCUGAUGAGGUGGUGGCGUUGGGCGCCUCGGUUCAGGCCGCAAUGAUUAGCGGCGAGGUGAAGGACAUCAUGCUGAUCGACGUGACACCUCUCACGCUGGGCGUGGAAACGGAGGGCGGGGUCUUCAGCGAGGUGCUGCCGCGUGGCAGCGCGGUACCCUGGCAGGCCAAGAGGAUCUUCACAACCUCGGCUGAUGCUCAAGAUGCUAUUGAGGUGGUGGUCCUACAGGGGGAACGGCCACUGGCCAAAGACAACAAGAAGCUGGGGAUGUUUCGCUUGGAUGACAUCCCCGCGGCUCCCAAAGGUGUUCCAAAGAUUGAAGUCACCUUUGACAUCAACGUGGAGGGGAUUUUGACGGUGUCGGCCAAAGAUUGGGGCACGAGCCAAGAGAAAUCCAUUCGGAUCGAGGAGACUGGGACAUCCGGGACGGGACUGCGUCGGCACGUACGGCUAUGGCUUGCCCUAUGUCAGUUGGUCUCUGCCGUCUCUGCGAACUGCGGAUCUCUCUACGAAAGUCGGGCAGCGAUGUGGCGAUCCAUGUCCCAGGCCAUGUCUGUCUACACCCCAGUGAAGCAUCGCCCGGAGUGGUAUUGGAAGGAGAUCUUUGAAAGGCGUCAGAUCGAGCCUCCCGGCCAUUCCGGCUAUGAGGAGACCUGGUUGGAUUUACUCUUCGGGCAGGCCCACGAUGAAAGCCUGGCAUGCCAGGUGAAUGAGGGCCGCCACUGGGAACUCGAACUUGACGUGCAAAAGCUCUAUGACGCAGUUCGUAUUUCUGACAGACCUUCUUUCAUGAUCCGUGCCGCAAAUGCUUUCAACAUCGCCCUCCCGACGCAGCGUUCCGAGCUGCCGCAGCACUUGCGGCUCUGCCUCUGCGUCCCCGCGACGUGCACGGCGGAGGAGGUGGUCGAGACGGUCUUUGCGGCGCAGUUCGCCGUGGAGUUCAUGGGGGACGAGCCAAAGAGCAUGCUGAAUGGCAAAAGCUUUCGAGAUGUGGUGGAAAUCUCUGAGUUGAGGGACUGGUCAGCCAUCAAUCUUGACUUUGUGAUUGGCGGAGUUGACAGCUGCGGGACCGCCUCCCUACACCUGAAUUUGGAGAAGCACUCAGAAGUCGCUUUCCUGACCUCCGAUGUUGACUACUUCUUCACCAAUAAAUUGGCACACCGGGUCUUGCCUCUGAAGGCACAGGUGGACGAGUACAAUGCUUUAGUGCUGGCUGCCAGGGAGGCAAAAGAGAGACUGACAGGCGUUACUCCUCUGGUAGGCGCCUGUGUUCCAGCUCUGUUUAGUACUGCCUUGGCGCGAAUCAAAAUGGCUUUGAUUCCGAACUUGAAACUGGUGAUGAUUCUUUGCGAUCCUCUCGGGCGAUUGGAGAAGGGCUUCAUGCACCAUCACCUGUGCUUCGCAGAUCUGGAAGAUGCGCAACGCCAGGGCCUUGCGGCGCGGGCCUCGCGGCAUGGCAGCUGCUAUGACAGUAGUGCGGCACUCUUGUAUGAGAAAGAGGGUGAGCUGCAAAGUUUUUGGGAAGAUCGACAGAUUGCACCCCACCUGCCGGCGGUGUUGCUGCGCUUCUAUGAGCGCAUCCUUUUCCUGCACCAGGAAGAAUUGCGAAGGGCUCCAGCUGAUGUGUUCAGUUCCCUGGCCGGUUUCCUGGGUGUCAAAGCUUUUCCCGACAUCGAGUUCCCUCGCUACAACUCCAUCGGCGGACACCGGACAGAUUUGUGCCGCAAUAUGACUUUGGUAAGGGCCUUGCAGCAGAACUUGGAGGCAGACUACCAGAUGCAGGAAAAGAUGAUGCAACUGAGCAAUCCCAAUAGAUCGCUGAUGGCCAGACUUCGACGAAGAUUGACGCGAUGUCAUGACAUCGAUCGCGUGAAGGACACGGCAUCCUUAGAGGAUCGCGAGGUGCAGCGCAUCUUGGACGAAGCGGAAGAGAAGUGGAACGAGGACGAAGAAGCGAAAUUCCAGCUGGAGCUAAGAUACGCUGCAGCAAAUCUCCUGGAACAGACGGACCUGAACCUGGUGGAGCUAGGCUACAAGGCUCCUACGGACGCGCGGCUGGCCUUGGAGCCCAAGAUGGAAGAAGUGAAGGUUUGCUUAGCCGAAGCCGAAGAGCAGGACUAUUUCAAAUUGAUGGACGCCGUGGAUUCCUUACGCUUUGAGCUGAUGAAAUUGGGUUUGCGAGUCUAUGGUAAGCAGGUGGCACCAGAUGGUGCUCCCGGACCCGCAAAGCCACGGCGGGAAGGAGGCGUCACAGGUGGUGGCUACAUCUUGAAGGAAGAUAGCGAACCCUACGAUGAUUCGUACCAGAAACAACAGGAAGAGAAGUGGAAGAACCUCCGCAAAAAGGCGGAGAAGAUGUAUGGUCGCAACUAG